CAGCACACGCUUGGCCAGCUAUUAUGACUUAAAAUUCUCAGAACUAAAGGAAGUCCAUACCAUUUAGACUUUGUCUGUGAGGUGGUUGGAACUUCAUUGGUAGCUGCAUCAAUGGCUUUCUUCUUAGUUUUUCUUGCUUUCUUUUUUGGGCUGUGCAUUUUUAGUACUGCUUUAUUGAGAUGGAAUCAGGUCAAAUAUAACAACAAAAGCUUGCCUCCUGGUACUAUGGGUUGGCCACUUUUUGGUGAGACUACAGAAUUUCUUAAGCUAGGCCCAAGCUUCAUGAAAAACCAAAGAGCCAGAUUUGGGAGUUUUUUCAAAUCACACAUACUUGGGUGUCCAACAAUAGUAUCAAUGGAUUCAGAGUUAAAUAGAUACAUAUUGGUGAACGAGGCAAAAGGACUGGUCCCAGGAUAUCCACAGUCGAUGUUAGACAUAUUAGGAAAAUGCAAUAUUGCAGCUGUACAUGGUUCUGCUCACAAGUACAUGAGGGGUGCAUUGUUAUCUCUUAUUAGCCCUACUAUGAUCAGAGACCAACUUUUGCCUAAAAUUGAUGAGUUUAUGAGAUCCCACUUGACCAAUUGGGAUAACAAAGUCAUUGACAUUCAAGAAAAAACCAAUAAGAUGGCAUUUCUUUCAUCGUUGAAGCAAAUUGCUGGGAUUGAAUCUACCUCUUUAGCUCAAGAAUUCAUGCCUGAAUUCUUCAAGCUAGUUCUAGGGACUCUUUCACUUCCUAUCAACCUUCCCAACACCAACUACGGUCGUGGAUUGCAGGCAAGGAAAAUUAUUGUCAGCCUACUAAGGACACUAAUAGAAGAGAGAAGAGCUUCAAAAGAAAUCCAACACGAUAUGCUUGGUUACCUUAUGAAUGAAGAAGCAAAUAGAUACAAAUUAACAGAUGAUGAGAUGAUUGAUUUAAUCAUAACCAUUUUGUACUCUGGAUAUGAAACUGUUUCCACUACUUCAAUGAUGGCUGUUAAAUAUCUUCAUGAUCAUCCCAAAGUUCUUGAAGAACUAAGAAAAGAACACUUGGCAAUUAGAGAAAAGAAAAAACCGGAGGAUCCUAUUGAUUACAACGAUUACAAGGCAAUGCGGUUCACUCGAGCUGUGAUCCUUGAAACCUCCAGAUUAGCAACAAUCGUAAAUGGGGUUCUAAGGAAAACAACUCAAGACAUGGAAAUAAAUGGAUACAUUAUUCCUAAAGGAUGGAGAAUAUACGUAUACACGAGGGAGUUGAAUUAUGAUCCAAGGCUUUAUCCUGAUCCUUUUGCAUUCAAUCCAUGGAGAUGGCUGGAUAAGAGCCUGGAAAACAAAAAUUCGUUCUUGGUAUUUGGUGGAGGUACUAGACAAUGUCCUGGGAAGGAACUUGGAGUAGCAGAAAUUUCUACAUUUCUUCAUUACUUCGUUACAAAAUACAAAUGGGAAGAAGUAGGAGGAGAUAAACUGAUGAAAUUUCCAAGAGUUGAAGCACCAAAUGGUCUACGGAUUAGAGUUUCCACUUACUAAUCAUCAUUUCCUGAAUGUACAGAGGCAAAAAAAACAAAAGAAAAAAAAAAUCGCCCCCCAACAAAUUUUUAGGCAGUAAUCUGAGAGUAACUGGGAUGUAUAUCUUAUUGUUCCCGCUAACACGAUGACGAAUUAAAUACAUUUUUUUGCAGAGAAA